GGCACGUAAUGGGAGCGCGCAGAGCAUGAUGGAGCACGCGCGGUAGCGCGAGGCGGGGCAUGUAACCAUAGCGUGCGGGGCAUGAUGAGGCACGGACGUGGGGGGUUAGGUGGGGCACGUAAUUGGAGCUCGCGGGGCAGGAUGGGGCAUCUAACUGGAGCGACAGAGAGCACGAUGGGGCACUUACAGGGGCCCGAGGCUGGCCCGCGCAGUGAGUGUGGAUGGCUUGGCAGGUGAGCCUGCUGGAGCUGGAGGACCGGCUUCAGUGUCCCAUCUGCCUGGAGGUCUUCAAGGAGCCCCUGAUGCUGCAGUGUGGCCACUCUUACUGCAAGGGCUGCCUGGUUUCCCUGUCCUGCCACCUGGAUGCCGAGCUGCGCUGCCCCGUGUGCCGGCAGGCGGUGGACGGCAGCAGCUCCCCGCCCAACGUCUCCCUGGCCAGGGUGAUCGAAGCCCUGAGGCUCCCUGGGGACCCGGAGCCCAAAGUCUGCGUGCACCACCGGAACCCGCUCAGCCUCUUCUGCGAGAAGGACCAGGAGCUCAUCUGUGGCCUCUGCGGUCUGCUGGGCUCCCACCAACACCACCCGGUCACGCCCGUCUCCACCGUCUACAGCCGCAUGAAGGAGGAGCUCGCAGCCCUCAUCUCUGAGCUGAAGCAGGAGCAGAAAAAGGUGGAUGAGCUCAUCGCCAAACUGGUGAACAACCGGACCCGAAUCGUCAAUGAGUCGGAUGUCUUCAGCUGGGUGAUCCGCCGCGAGUUCCAGGAGCUGCACCACCUGGUGGAUGAGGAGAAGGCCCGCUGCCUGGAGGGGAUAGGGGGUCACACCCGUGGCCUGGUGGCCUCCCUGGACAUGCAGCUGGAGCAGGCCCAGGGAACCCGGGAGCGGCUGGCCCAAGCCGAGUGUGUGCUGGAACAGUUCGGCAAUGAGGACCACCACGAGUUCAUCCGGAAGUUCCACUCCAUGGCCUCCAGAGCAGAGAUGCCGCAGGCCCGGCCCUUAGAAGGCGCAUUCAGCCCCAUCUCCUUCAAGCCAGGCCUCCACCAGGCUGACAUCAAGCUGACCGUGUGGAAAAGGCUCUUCCGGAAAGUUUUGCCAGCCCCGGAGCCUCUCAAGUUGGACCCUGCCACUGCCCACCCACUCCUGGAGCUCUCCAAGGGCAACACAGUGGUGCAGUGCGGGCUCCUGGCCCAGCGGCGAGCCAGCCAGCCUGAGCGCUUCGACUACAGCACCUGCGUCCUGGCCAGCUGCGGCUUCUCCUGCGGCCGCCACUACUGGGAGGUGGUGGUGGGCAGCAAGAGCGACUGGCGCCUGGGGGUCAUCAAGGGCACAGCCAGCCGUAAGGGCAAGCUGAACAGGUCCCCCGAGCACGGCGUGUGGCUGAUCGGCCUGAAGGAGGGCCGGGUGUACGAAGCCUUUGCCUGCCCCCGGGUACCCCUGCCCGUGGCCGGCCACCCCCACCGCAUCGGGCUCUACCUGCACUAUGAGCAGGGCGAACUCACCUUCUUCGACGCCGACCGCCCCGAUGACCUGCGGCCGCUCUACACCUUCCAGGCCGACUUCCAGGGAAAGCUCUACCCCAUCCUGGACACCUGCUGGCACGAGAGGGGCAGCAACUCGCUGCCCAUGGUGCUGCCCCCGCCCAGCGGGCCUGGCCCCCUCAGCCCCGAGCAGCCCACCAAGCUGUAGGGCCGCCCGGAGUCCUGCCGGCCCACAGGCCCAUCCCGGUGGGGCACCGGGGACUCGCGGGCUUCUGCUGGGUCCCGCCUGAGGUGAUAUCGUCACUGUUUAGGAAGGUCUUCAGGCCUGUGUGUCCCUGGAACAUGUAAUGAUAGGGAACAGGACCCCAGUCCCUUUCCCCUCAGCCAAGGGUGUAUUUGUAAACUUCGGCCCCCAGGCCUUGGCAGCCAGGGACACACUGAGCUCCCCAUGGUUCCUGCCACUUGCUAACCAUGCUAUCUGCGCAGACGCUUCCGAGGGCAGAAAUAGUCCCAUGUAUACCUUUUCCAUAUUACUGUGAACUUUCAACUACUAUCAAGGAUAAUAAAUUUGACUAUUUCUUUCUCUUUAAA